AUGACGCAAGACGAUGUAACAACUGGUUUGCGGACCGUCCAACAGGGUCUUGAAGCUCUUCGUGAAGAGCAUUCAGCUAUCUCAAACACCUUGGAAACAAAUGUCAAAGAUGUAAAAGAAGAUGAAGCUCCACUUCCAAAGCAGAAGCUUAUCCAAAUUGACGAUAAUUUGGAUAAGUUGAUGUGCGGAGUCGAUGAGACGUCUAUGAUGUUGAUGGCGUUCCAACUAACCCAAGGAAUGGAUGCUCAGCACCAGAUGUACCAAGCGCAAAGAAGUCGUUUAUGCCAGGAGAAUGAGUGGCUUCUUGAUGAGUUGAAAUCUUUUCAAAUCAAACUUCAACAGUCGGAACGGAUGGUUGCUCAGCUGGAAGAGGAGAACAAGCAUCUCAAGUAUAUGGCCUCAAUCAAGCAGUUUGACGAUGGCGCUCAAGCCGACACAAAGACUGUUGUUAAUUCUGGACCUCAACCAGUCACUAGUGAAACUCUCCAAGAACUUGGAUUCGGUCCAGAAGAUGAGGAAGAUCUUAACACCAGUCAGUUCGCACAACCAACUCCAGCUCCUUCGAUGGCUUCUGCUGUUGUUGGAUACGAAAUUCCAGCUCGCCUUCGUACUAUUCACAAUCUUGUCAUUCAAUACGCUUCUGAAGGAAGAUACGAAGUUGCAGUUCCAUUGUGUAAACAAUCUUUGGAAGAUCUUGAAAAUACCAUUGGACACGCCCAUCCAGAUGUUGCAACGAUGCUAAAUAUUUUGGCUCUCGUCUACAGAGACCAGAACAAGUACAAAGAGGCUGCAAAUCUUCUGAAUGAGGCUCUCAGUAUUCGUGAAAAAUGUCUGGGAGAGACGAAAACGUGGAAAAAUCAAGGAAAAUAUGACGAAACGGAAAAGUAUUAUAAGAGAGCUUUAGAAAUUUAUGAGAGCAAACUGGGACCAAAUCAACCUGAAGUGACAAAGACGAAAAAUAACUUGUCGUCAGCUUACCUGAAACAAGGAAAAUACAAGGAAGCAGAGGAUUUGUAUAAGCAGAUUCUGAAUCAAGCUCACGAGAAAGAAUAUGGUCAAGUCAGUGGAGACAAUAAGACAAUUUGCCAAAUAGUCGCCUCAGCUCUCAAAAAACUCGGAGAUCUCUAUCGUCGACAAGGAAAGUACGAAGCCGCUGAGACAUUGGAAGACGUUGCGUUCAGAGCCAAGAAGCAGCAUGAACCACUUCGAAGUGCAGCACUUGGAGGUGUUGAUGAAAUGAGCCAUGAAUGCACUCGGAUUCAAUUCCUGAACUUAGCACAAAGGACUGAGCUUAUUGUUCUUGUCCUCCCCAGAGAGAAAUUAUUUCAGAUAAAAGCUUUUUUAUUUUUCAUUUUUUCUGUUGUGAUGUGCAUGAUUUUUCAUUUUUCAAUUGAUUUCCUUUUCCUCGUGUUUUAG